GCCGCUGCGUCGCUUUGCUCUGAAAAAAUAUGCGUCAACGGCACAUGUUACGAGCACGGUGGGCUGCAGGUCUGCUUGUGCAACCCACCCUACUCCGGUUCAGUUUGCUCAGACAUCAAAUUAAUGUGUUCGAACGGAUGUGGCAUUAAAUCUAGCACAGGAAUUGAUUGCGCUAGCGCCUUAUGCUCUUUGGGUGCCUGCCUAGACACCCAAACUCCACCGUUCUACAAGUGCGACUGCGGGGACUUCUUCACUGGCGAUAACUGUGAAACGCACAACAACCCCUGUACCAGUAAAGCGUCAAAUCCCUGCGGGCAAGGCACAUGCACCUUUGCUCCGGGAAGAGGCAGUGGUACAGUAACAUGCACUUGCAACGACGGCUACGAAACUGCUCCGGGGGCCAGUAUGACGACCAUCAAAUGGGGAGACAGUCAAGUGCUCCAGGCCGCCCCUUGCACAGUCCAGUCAACUCGGGGUAUGGCCAACAUACAUUUCACGCUGUCAUCUGGGGAAUUAAUCUUUUGGUGGUCAGUAUUAGCUAUCUCGCUCCUUGUGCUGACUUGGUGCUGCUAUACCGUCUUUUCAGAGUGCUGCGGGAGCUGGUCUGGUGCUUUUCGGGCGGCCAAGGCAGCCAAGAAUGCGGGGCUCUGA